AUGUAGAUGUGGAACGUCGACAGAAGUGGUAGUGGCACGUCAGAACGAUCUUGUUUUGACGUUUCUGAACUGUGGCAUGGCAAAGCAGUCGUCAUCAUUUAUGCCUUCUCCAUUCAGUCCCUUCUCUUGUCGUUGACCUGUUAACUGUUAACGGUGAUUCCCGAUAUGUGGUGAACUGAAUUCCUUAAUAAUUCGUUAGCAAAUAGUGCACUGUAAUUCUUAUUAGAUAAAUAUUUAACUCAUUUAUUCCAAAAUGGUGAAGGGGCUGCGAAAAACCAACAAAAAUCCACCGAUUUUAAGUCAUGAAUUUAUAAUUCAAAAUCAUGCCGAUAUUGUAUCCUGUGUGGCUAUGAUAUUUGUUGUUGGAAUUAUGAUAAAGGUAACAUCGCCGUUUGCUUCGAUUUUCAUCGCUCUUCAACACAAUACUACAUACCCAGAAACUGCAGAAGAAGUUCUCUUAUAUGCUCCUGGUAUCAAAGAUUGGGCAGCUGUUUUCUUCUACAGCUUGAUUGUUGUAGUUGUUCAUGCGAUAUUUCAGGAAUAUGUAUUAGACAAAAUUUCGAAGAAGCUGCAUCUUUCCAAGUCGAAAUUAGCAGUUUUCAAUAAUAGUGGACAACUCGCUGUUUUCUACUUGUUAUCAGUACUAUGGGGAUUCGAUAUCAUCAUGAAAGAGCGCUUCCUACCUGAAAUUUCGAGAUUGUGGAGUGAAUAUCCGGCACCCAUGAUUUUUGUUACCAAAUUGUACUUCAUUAUUCAGCUAGCGUACAGUCUACAUGAAUUGCCUGAGCUUUACUUCCAGAGAGUUAAGAGGGAGGAGUAUCUUGGAAAGGCAGCUUAUAGUGUGGCUGGUUUAGUUCUGGUUUCUAUUCCAUACUUUAUGAGGUUCAAUCGUUUACUAGUUUGCCUUCUAGUUCUUCACCAUAUUUCUGAACUUAUUUUCCAUGUAUCCCAACUAAUUCAAACUGUUGACAAAGAUGAAAAACUCACUAAAGCAAGUACCCUUGUAGCUACAGCUUUGAGGUUCAUUGCUAGGUUGGGAUCUAUUGUGAUCUCAGUUUUCACACUUUGGUAUGGGUUAGCAUUGUCAGAGCAGAAGGAAUUGAAUAUUCAGGAUGGUUACUAUAAUAUCCCAGUUAUACGUCUUUCAAUGCUUGGAGGAAUUCUUCUGCUACAAUUAUAUCUCAUUUUCAAUUUGAUCUCUGACGAAAUCUCCAGGUCUAAAGAGGAUGUUGCAUACCUACCUACACCUAAGUCAAAAUCGAAGAAGGAGAAGUCAAAAAAAAAUAAGAAGAACCAUGAUGAAUCUGACUUACCCGAAGUUGAUCAGAACACAAAUAAGACUCUGAGGUUAAAACAAAAAACUAAAUAGAAGCAGUGAGCUUCUUUUGGGUGCAUAGCAAUGAGUUAUUUUUUUUACUUUCGUACUCCAUACAUAUUUAUUAUAGAUGGUUAUUUACAAUGUAAAUAAGAAUUUAUUUCUGAUAGUGAAAUUUAUAUCAGAUUGUUUAUAAAUUAAUAUUUUUUAUUUUGGUUAAGCUUCAAAUGUCACGUCCAUUUAAUUCACACUGGAACUUUUCAAUAGAAAUAUUAAAGUAA